CAAAUUUCCUUUUUUCUUUGCUUUCAAAGCAGAACAAAGAGUAGUAGCUUAGCUCCCUUCUCACUCAUCAUCACUCCCAAAAGCAAAAUUUUAAAGAAAGAAAGUUCCAGAUCAGGAGACGAGGACAUCUUCGUCAUUUCAUUACAUCCAUCUUCUUUCCUUUCUUUCUCAGCUCACCUCAUUUUAACCAAAACCACUCCACUCUGCUUUCCGCAAAUCUUGCUGGAGAAGAACACCUUCUUUCUCACAUCACAACUAUUUAUAUUUUGCUAACUCUCACUUCCUGAUUUGGAUAAAUUUUAUUUUGUUUUCUGGUUGAGUGAAAAUGGAGAGAGCUACUCCAGUGAGGAAGCCACACACAUCCACGGCAGAUCUGCUCGUUUGGUCCGAAACUUCUCCGGCUGAUUCACCUACUAACGCCUCCGCCACGCGCCCAUCCACUCGCGGCCAGCCAUCGGAUGGGAUCAGCAAGGUGGUGUUUGGUGGUCAAGUGACGGAUGAAGAAGCUGAAAGCUUAAACAAAAGGAAACCUUGUUCAGGGUACAAAAUGAAAGAGAUGACUGGUAGUGGCAUUUUUGCAGCUGGUGGAGAAGAUGAUUCAUUAGAAUCCGAUAGUGCCAAUCCAACUCCAAAUAACAGAACAGGAAUACGCAUGUAUCAGCAAGCAAUUGCUGGAAUCAGUCAUAUCUCAUUUGGUGAGGAAGAUAGUGUUUCCCCGAAGAAGCCUACUACCAUACCUGAGGUGGCUAAGCAGCGUGAGCUAAGUGGGACUCUAGAAAGUGAGGCAGAGGCAAAGUUGCAAAAGCAGAUAUCUGAAUCUAAGUGCAAGGAGCUUAGUGGACAUGAUAUCUUUGCACCCCCUCCAGAAAUUUUACCACGGCCAGCUGUGCGCUCCUUGGCUUAUAAGGAAAAUUUUAACUUGGGGGAACCCGCUGCACAAAAUAGCAAUGAAAUGCCUAGUGAGGACUCUGGUAUGAAGACGGCAAAGAAGAUCUAUGACAAGAAAUUUGCUGAGCUUUCUGGAAACAACGUAUUCAAGGGUGAUGCUCCUCCGUCAUCUACAGAGAAGCCAUUAAGUGUGGCAAAACUGCGGGAGAUGAGUGGCAGUGACAUAUUUGCUGAUGGGAAGGUGGAGUCUCGAGACUAUUUGGGCGGGGUACGCAAGCCUCCAGGUGGCGAGAGCAGCAUUGCCUUGGUUUAACUUGUUAGGUCUAACUUGGUUAUUUUUAUACUUUGUGCCUGGUUUUUUGUUAUUCCCAGUGGUGGUGGUGUGAUUAUAUUAUUUGACCUUUCCUAGCGGGUUUUGGGAAUCUUGUUCUAGGUUUUAACAUGUUGCCAGAGCUAUGGACUGUCUGCCAAUUUGGUUUGUUUGUCCAUAAUCUUGUGCUUUUUUCAGUGCUUGUUUUAGUCAAAUUUGUGGUCCUUUCUCCAGGUUUAAUUUUAUUGUUUAGUACUACAUUUGUUAUCAUUAAAAUUAUUUGUGAUUUUAGUUCCAA